ACCUCCAAGGGGAGGCACUAGACUGACAACAUCCGCAUCUAGGCGGUCAGCCACCGAUGCGGAGGAGGGAGACGAAGAUGCGGAUGAUAGUAGUGAGAGACCAAGCACAACUGCAGCCCGCACGUCGCGGGGAUCCCAAGCUGGCAGAUCCAGCUCCUCCACUCGACCUCCAAGGGGAGGCACUACACUGACAACAUCCAGACCUAGGCGGACAGCCACCGAUGCGGAGGAGGGAGACGAAGAUGCGGAUGAUAGUAGUGAGAGACCAAGCACAACAGCAGCCCGCACGCCGAGGGGAUCCCAAGCUGGCAGAUCGAGCUCCUUCACUCGACCUCCAAGGGGAGGCACUACACUGACAACAUCCGCAUCUAGGCGGUCAGCCACCGAUGCGGAGGAGGGAGACGAAGGUGCGGAUGAUAGUAGUGAGAGACCAAGCACAACUGCAGCCCGCACGCCGAGGGGAUCCCAAGCUGGCAGACCGAGCUCCUCCGCUCGACCUCCAAGGGGAGGCACUAGACUGACAACAUCCGCAUCUAGGCGGUCAGCCACCGAUGCGGAGGAGGGAGACGAAGAUGCGGAUGAUAGUAGUGAGAGACCAAGCACAACUGCAGCGCGCACGUCGAGGGGACCCCAAGCUGGUAGAUCGAGCUCCUACGCGCGACCUCCAAGGGGAGGCAUUGCAUUGGCCACGCCAAGACCUGGAGAUGCGACAAGAGAAGAUGGCGAGGAAGCGGAAGGGAGUUCUAGAAGAGGUGAGAGGAAGAGAACAACUGCAGCGCAUGCUUCUCGAGCUCAAGGCGUUUCCCGUCCGUCCGUACGCAGCCCGGAAGCUGGCCGAUUAAUCAGCUCCAGUGAAAGUGCUGGAGCGGAAACAGAGAGUGAGACGAGCGUUUCUCAGAAGAAACCUGAAGGUGAAUCCGAUGAUGUUAUGGCUACGAGCACACGCCCAACAGGCAGGCGACCUAGACAGCGUGAGGGGGGAGGAAGCACUGAGGUGAAGAAGAAACCAGCUAGGAGACCUGCGCCUUCGUCAGGGGGUGGUGGAGAAGGAGAGAGCGGGAAGCCCAAAGGUCGGUCGGCUCCGUCUAAGGUCAUCCCAAACGGCACACGCGAUAUGCGUCAACUGCGAGUUGUUGUGAACGGCUUUGAGUCAAAUGUUGUUGAAGUUAUCAAGGCUAAAAGAGGAUUCAUCUAUAAAAUUGACAACAUACUUCCUUUUAGGUGGAAUCCCGGACCAACUAUUGUCGAUUUCUUCCAUGAAGUUCCCGAAUACGUCAAGUUGGAUUUCUUCGUGCACAAGCUGCCUCGCGAUCUACGGGACCAGGCGCGUUACCGCCAAUACUUGCAUCGUCACAUCUAA